UAAAUCCAUUUCAUUUAAUUACGUGUAAAAUACAGAAGAGGCGUCCAUGUCAAGAAAUCUCUCUCCCUCUCUCUCCCUCACUCUCUCCCAUCUCUCUCUCGUCUCUCUCUUUUACGCUUUGAUCUCUAUCCAUAGCACACAACUAAUAAACAUCCAAUAUUCUUACGUAUACAUUUAUGUAACAUGUUUAUCUUUACAGAAUUAGAUAGCAGAGGAGAAGAGUUGGUAAUAGUUUCCAGAAAUCUAAUGUGCAUUAAUUAACAACUUUCUUCCUAUCAUUCUAGUGUUUUUUAAUUCCUUUCCCCAAACACCUAAAAUCAAGAACUCUUCUCUUGCGCCCAAGCUAGCUGCUAUCAGCAAAGAUGUGGGCAGAUCUCAUCACCAAAGCUCUAAUGAUGGUCCUUGGUUAUGCCUAUCCUGCUUUUGUGUGUUUUAAAACGGUUGAGAACCACAGAGUCAAGAUCGAAGAACUACGGUUUUGGUGCCAGUAUUGGAUAAUUGUUGCACUAAUGACAGUUUUUGAGAGGAUUGGUGAUAUAUUUGUUUCAUGGGUGCCAAUGUAUGCUGAGAUGAAGCUAGCUCUAUUCCUCUACUUGUGGUAUCCAAAAACAAAGGGCACAGGAUAUAUCUAUGAGACAUUAUUGCGUCCAUUUGUUAUAAAGCACGAGACAGACAUUGACAAGAAUUUACAGGAGUUAAGAACAAGGACGUGGGAUUUGGCUAUAUACUAUUACCAUAACUGUACCGAGCUGGGGCAAACAAAGUUUUUCCAAGUUAUAGAGUACUUGGCUUCUCAAUCAAAAAAGAUCGACAAAGCUAGUUCAGAGAAGGGGAUGAUUAAAAGCUCUAAAGAAAAUCCACCACCUCGUCCAAACACAAUAUUUUCAUUCAAUCGGAUCUCAAAGAGGCCAUCACAGAAGCACUUGCAGAUACCAUCUGAUGCACCUGUGUACAAUGCCAGAGUCAUGGCAUCAAAGCACUAAUGUGGGUAUUAAAGUACAAGCUUACUUCAAGAAAUUAAACAGUUGAUCAACAUAUUUAGUUUUAAACACAUCAACAAUACUGGUUCCUGAGAACCUCAGAUUUAGGUCCAGAUCACCAUGUACAUGAGCCAGAUUUAGAAAUAGAUGCACUAAAUAUUCUCAAUUAGUGAUUUACAAGAUUGUACUGAUGAUUUUUUUUUAUUUUUUUUAUAAAGAUCUGUACAUUGUAUUCAA